AAAAAUUAAAAAAAAAAUUAUUAUGGCGUCAAGUCAACCAUCUUUAAAACGAAGAAGUAGAAAACAAGAUCAAGAAUUUAUUAGAAACCAAAGUAAAAAUGAAUAUUCUUUAAAUACAGUUAGUGAUAAUAACUGGCAAUUAUUUAUGUGGUUCGCUUCCUUGGAAACAGUUGAGAAUUAUAUUUGUUUAUUUAUUCUUGUUUGGGAUACUAUUCCAGUACGAAAUAGUGCACAAUAUUCAAAACAAUUAAAGGAAGAAACUGAUAAUUUAAUUCAAAUUAUCAAGGAGUUAAAUUUUUCAAAAGAAAACGAUAAGAAUUAUUCCAAAAUGUUAGAUGAUUACAAAGAUUUUCGUUUUAUAAGUGAUCAAAAUUUUAGACAAAAUUUAGUUCAUAAUGUUUGGACGGAAUUGGAGAACCAUGGAUUAAAGAAUAAUUCUUAUGCUGUUUCGGACCAAUUAAGCCGUUGUUCAUUAUUCCAAAAAAAAGAGUUAAGAGCGAUGAUUUUAUCUAGGAUAAAAUCCUUUCAAUCAUUUUCAAGAAAAAUAAAAGAAGCAAUAGAAUUACAACAAGCACCCCUUAAUAAUAAGAUGAAAGAUGAAAAUCAAGAAAUAAUUUUAAGUGAAAAUAAAAGUUUGGAAAAUCAAAUAGUCGAUGAGUUACAAGGUACUCGAGAUACUCAAGAACUCAUGAAAAGAGAAAAUGAGAAUUUAAAAGUUCAAGUAAAAGAAUUAAUAAAAGAAAAUUCGAAACAACAGGCAGCCCUUGAUAAUGUAUCUUGGGAUGAUGAUGAGUCACAUAAUUCAAAAAAAUUAAUUCAAGACAUUACAGAUUUACAAGAUAUGCUCAAAAAUUUCACAAUGGUUCAAGGAAGUGAUUAUAAGAUAAUUAACGGUGAGGCAAAUGCUCUUUUUAAGUCUUUUAAAUGCGAAGUAAAUUGUCCUAGUUUGCGAGCAAGCCUUGUUUUAGGGUUUUUACUUCAAAGGACUGUAAUUGUCAAAAUUAUAGUAGAAGCUGAAAAAUAUUUAAAUGGCAUGUUUGAAGGAAGUCGAGAUGCGGCUCUUGAGAGAGAUAUUACAAAUGCCACCGAAACCUUAAUUAAUCAGAUAAUAUUAUUUGAAAAGAAUCGGAAGGGAGAAGAUGAUAUCACUAAGAUUACACCAACAAAAAUUCGUCAGCAGGUUUAUUCAGCUCUUAGUUGUCGUGGCUUUCCAAGUGAUCACUCUUUAAUCACAACCACAGCAAGUAAAUUGUUGCAUAAGAUGAAUAGAGUUAGACAAAUUGUAGAUGAAGAAAUUAAAAGUGAAAUGGAUGAUUUGGCUAUUCAAAUAACUCAUAAAGUUAUUAAUAUUUUUUAUUUUAGUUUUAAAACACAAGCUUCUGUACCAACCUAUAAAUUUUUCGAAGCUGGUCAAGCCUUGGAACCGCAUCUCAUGCAAGGAGCUUUUGGAAAUGAUGAAUCUGAAAAAUCGGAAGUGGAAGUUUGCGGAUUUCCUUGCAUCGGCAUAUUUACUGGUGAUAAAUUGAGUGAUAAAAUUUUUAUAAAAGCGCAAAUUAUUCCAAGAUCGAAGCGUUUAUAAUUAUCGUCAUCAUAGGAAGUAAAAUUUUCGAUAACCAUAAUUGCAAUUAAAGGGGGUUAUGGAAUGAACCUGAAACAGAAGUAGUAAUAUUUAUUUUAUAUAUAUGAAAUAAA